AUGGUGAUGGAGAGACUGGGGAUCUUCGGCGUCGCCGAGGACCCGGACGGCGAGCAGCUGCCGGAGCGGAUCGGGGCGACCGAGAUCGCUCGGGUGUUCGACGAGGAAGAGGUGAGCCUGGAGGAGGUGAAGGAGGCAUUCUACGUGUUUGACAGGAACUGCGACAGUUUCGUGGACGCCAGAGAGCUAAGGGACGUGCUUCGGGCCCUAGGCUUUGCAGAUUUGUCCGAGCCCCAGUGCAGAGAUCUGAUCAGAGCCUUCGACGAGAACGGGGACGGGCUGAUUGAUUUCAGGGAAUUCACCAAGCUUGUGCAGAGGAGCUUCCGGCAGUAG